AUGAGCGUCUCUAAAGCAACAGCAGGAGCACUGUGUUUUUCGACUACUACACUACUUGUCUCAUUGUAUUCAAUAUACAAUAUUUAUUCUGAUGUUCAUGGUAUAUGGAUGCAACUUGACGAACAAAUAGUAAAAACCGACGAUAUCUGGACGCAAAUGCUUGGUCUUGGAGCCGCUACUGCAUCAACUCGUCAGCGACGUCAGGGAAAGGACCAAUAUGGGGCCUAUGAAGCGCAAGGAGUGAAUGCUGGGCCAGUUUGCGGUGACGGCUGUGCGAGUGGCGAAGGUGAUUGCGACGAGGAGGACGAUCUUGGCACUGGAGGGUGCCCGCCCGGCCCUCCUGGACCUGAAGGUGGCACCGGAUUAGACGGUGUUCCUGGUCACGACGGCGUAGAUGGGCACCCGGGUGAGGACGCUGAUGAUUGGCAAAACGCACCGUUCAUUGGGUGUUUCCACUGCCCAACGGGGAAAGCCGGAGCACCUGGUGAACGCGGUAAAACGGGUGUCAGGGGAAUGCGCGGUUCCAGAGGCACGCCUGGAAUGCCUGGAAACGACGGCUACCCCGGCAGCCCGGGGCAAAUGGGGCCGACAGGACCGCCGGGCGAAAACGGCCGCCCGGGUCCAAAUGGAGAAAAAGGUCAAGAUCUCGAGCAAGUGGUUCCCCGUAGAGGACCACGUGGAAUUCCCGGAGAGAGCGGUGAGACGGGACUAGACGGAGAUCCAGGAAAAGACGGCGCCAUCGGUGAAUCCGGACCACCCGGACAUGACGGUCCCCCUGGCUUCCAAGGUGCAGGCGGUCGACCCGGAGAGGAAGGAGCACAAGGAGUGGGGGGACAAUUGGGCGCCGACGCUGCAUAUUGCCCCUGUCCAGCAACAGCGUUUGGAGAAGCAGGCUCUUCGUCUUCCAAGCAUCCUGCAGGCACAGGCGGUUAUUCAGCUAGAGACGGACUCGCCACCACGAACAAGGAAGGUUGA